UAUGUAUAUAAACAUACCGCUAAUCCAUCUAAUACCUCACAACUUCACUUCCAAUGGCGAAAUCACCUGCUCUGUUCCACGCUUCUCAUUUCUUCAUCCGCUCUACACUCAUGCCUUCUUCCAAAUCACUCUAUCUCUUCCUUCCACUCUCAAAUCUCAACCAUCCUCACAGGUUUGCCUUUCGCAAUUCACUCUCUCCCUUAUCCCUCCGCAGAUUCUGCACUUCCACUCCAUUCCCUCUCCAAUACGAAUUGAUUAUCAACCGACCGUCUUAUCCUUCUCCGCCCCAUCAGAAUCCACGAACACCCGCCAGAAUCAGCUCCGACAACCCUCCCGAGCUCAACUCCUCCGAGGAUCCCUCUUCCGAAUUGGGGUUCGACAGCUGGGUCGAUCGGAAGCUUAUAUCCGAGAGUGGGACUGUUUCUGGUAAGGAAGGUGUGGUCAUGGAUAAGGCUAUGAGGAAAUACUAUAAUAAAAGAAGGAAGAGGAUGUAUGGGUCGGAUUCUGAUGAAGAUAAUAGGACACAGGAUGAGGGAUUUGUGGAAUUAAAGCCUGAGGUGGUUGAGUUUAACACAUUGCAUAAGAGAGAGGAGGAAUUGUUCUUUCAUGACGCUUUUGCCUAUCCAUGGGAGAAAGAUAAGCAUUACAAAAUGUUGUAUCAAUUGGAGAAGAAAUAUUUUCCUGAUGACGGUCUUGACAAAGCUUUUCUGGGACCUGGAGAGUCAAAUGUGGAAGUGAAUGAACAGACAAAGGGAAGACAGGGGGUGAAAAAGGCGGUGAGGGUAAAGCCUGAGACGAAUGUGGAGGUCGCCAAUGGCAUGGAUGACAAAGGGAUGGUUUUCUUUGAUGAAGGGAAACCAGAAAAGGAGAAUAAAGGUUCUGUAACAGAUGUGACAGAGAAGAAGGUGGAGGAGUUCUUCAAGUGUUUGAAGAAAGGUCCUGCUAAAGAUUCUAAAAUUGGUCAGGCGGAGCCAUAUCUUUUGACGAGGCAUAUGGAGCUCCCGGCUAGAUGGGAUAGUCCUUGUGGGACAGUGGUUUUGCUGAACAAACCUAAAGGGUGGACUUCAUUUACGGUAUGUGGAAAACUUCGGCGCCUAGUCAAAGUGCAAAAGGUAGGUCAUGCAGGUACUCUUGAUCCUAUGGCUACUGGUUUGUUGAUAGUGUGUGUUGGUAAAGCAACGAAGUUGGUUGACAGAUAUCAAGGUAUGAUUAAGGGCUACAGUGGAGUUUUCCGGUUAGGAGAGGCUACGUCAACUUGGGAUGCUGAUUCACCGGUAAUUCAGCGAGAGCCUUGGGAGCACAUCAAAGAUGAUGACAUCAAAAAAGCUGCUGCCUCUUUUUGUGGGGAAAUUUGGCAAGUUCCUCCCAUGUUUUCUGCCAUUAAAGUUGGAGGUGAGAAGAUGUAUGAGAAAGCAAGAAGGGGUGAAAGUAUUGAGCUUUCUCCUAGACGGAUAUCAAUUUUCAAAUUUGAUAUCGAACGUAGUUUAGAUGACAGGCAAAAUUUGAUUUUUCGAGUUACAUGCUCUAAAGGAACAUACAUUCGGUCACUUUGUGCAGAUCUUGGGAAGGCUCUUGGCAGUUGUGCCCAUCUAACUGCUCUUCGAAGGGAUUCAAUAGGGCAACAUCUAGCAGAUGAUGCCUGGGAAUUCAAAGAGUUGGAAGAUGCUAUUACCAAAGGUUAUUUUUAGCUUUAACGAUCUCAACAUUCUGGCGGUAUCGUUAGCUGGGGGUUGGUAAAGAAGCAUUUAAAUGCCGUGGAGAAGAGAAGAGGAUGAACAGUCUGUUUAGGGGGAAGGAGUUGUUGGACAGAGAAAAUUAUGAGGUUAUUAUAUACUUGUUGUUUUCAUUUUUAGAUAACAUGAUUAAUUAACCUUUUUGUAAAACAAUAACGUUUUGGUAAGGAUUUUUUUUUUGUUUUAAUUUUUUUUUUAAUUUUUGACAAUGUCAUAUAUCCGUUGUACGAUUAACAGGUGAUUUGUUAUUAGGAACUGUAGACGACUUUUAAGAAUUAAUGACAUAACAUCACCAUUCUUUCGUAGAAGUGGGCUUUACUUCAA